AUGCCUCAGAGACAGCCGGUAGGACCGAGAGCUCCCAAGGAUGACUUCAUGAGGGCUCUGGGCUUAAGCACCACCGAUCCUCGCCACGAAGGGUAUUAUCGGGCUAUGAGAGACGAGGCAAUUGCCGUGUAUAGCAAACUGAACUCGGAUCGAUCGAGUCUGAUAGACGAGAAACGAAACGACACAUCUACAACGCCUCCCUUCUUUUGGCAUCAUAUACGCCUCGACCGCCGGCGGCAAGCAAUCAUUGACACCUGGCAACAAGCAAAGCCUGGCACCAUUCAACGAACGCUUUUCGAUCAAGGCGCGACCACGGGCGAGCACGCUCCCAAUUGGGUGACAUUGUGGCUUUUGUACAGCGUCUUUCGGUCUCGGGAUAUUCGCAACAACCGCAACCGUCGAGCUGGUGAAGGAGGUAGUAGCGGAGGCCAGAGCUCGAGUUCCAACGAUUCACAAAUAUUCGAUCCUGCCCGGGACAAAUAUGUGAGUCGCUGA